AUGGACGGCGAGAUGGAUGAGGACGUGCUCACGGAGAUCCUCGCGAGGCUGCCGUGCAGGUCGCUGGCGCGGUUCCAGUGCGUCUCCACGUCGUGGCGGCGCAUCAUCUCCAGCGACUACCUCCGCCGCCGGCUGCCGCUCAUCACGUCGGGGGUGCUCUACCACGACGACACGCACCGCGGCGGCGACGGCGACCUGGAUGGCGGCAGGAGGCAGCAGGCGUACACCGGCCUGCUGCUCUACUACGCGUCCCGCCCGACGGCGUUCCACGUCGUGAACCCGACCACCCGGCUGUGGGCGGAGCUGCCGCCGCCGCGGGCCAGGACGCUGCUCUCGGUGCUGGCGUUCGACCCCUGCGCCUCGCCGCACUACAGGGUGGUGUGCUUCACGGGGUGGCUCCCCCGGGGCGCCACCAUCGAGGUGUUCGACUCCGAGCGCGGCGCGUGGCGGGACCACGAGGUCGACUUCGGCCUCGACACCGACGCCAUGUCGGCCACCAUGCACUACUCCGGCGGCGCGCUCCACGUGCUGGCCUACUCGGGCCACGUCGUCCGCGUCGACCUGGACACCAUGGCGUCCGCCGUCACCGCGCUCCCGGCCCCCGUCAGCUGCCGGGCGCGCGCCGGGCACUGCCGCGGCCGCCUUCGGUUCGCGUCCAGCGACGGCACGCGCCUCAGGAUCUGGGAGCUCAAGGACGCCGCUGGAGGCGAGUGGGCGCUGAAGCACGAGAUCGGGGUCAGCGACGUCGUCCCCGGCGGCGCGUCCCAGCCCAUCACGUUCUUGUUCAUGGCGUUCCACCCCGAGCGGGAGCUGGUGUACCUGUGGUCGCCGUGGAAGCUGCUGGCGUUCGACAUGGUCGAGAGGCGCGUCGAGGAGGAAUGGGUGUUCGGGUCGGAGAAAGAAGGCACGCAUCUCAUACAGGUCUGGCUGUUUCCGUUCUCGCGCCAUUUGGCCAACGCGCUGGCCUGA